CCCCCUGUCUUCUCGCUUCCCCUGAACAACACGGCCCUUUUUAAGUUCAGUGGGGGAAGAGAAAGCGGGAAUCUGAAAUACGAAGACAAAAAGACACUAAACAGACCUGAAAGGGCCCUGUCUUCUACACGGGAAGACUAUUGUCAAAUCAAAGAAGCAACACGAAACGAAGGUCUUGACUGCCUGAACCACGACAAAAAAAAUAUAAGUAAAAUGGCGGAGCCGGACAAAUUAAACAUCGACUCCAUAAUACAGCGUCUUCUGGAAGUUAAGGGCUCUCGGCCAGGCAAGAACGUUCAGCUGACAGAGAACGAGAUCCGUGGACUUUGCCUCAAGUCUCGCGAAAUCUUCCUCAGCCAGCCAAUCCUGCUCGAGCUUGAGGCACCACUCAAGAUCUGCGGUGACGUCCACGGUCAGUACUACGACCUGCUGCGGCUGUUUGAGUAUGGAGGUUUCCCCCCGGAGAGCAACUACCUGUUCCUAGGGGACUACGUGGACCGAGGGAAGCAGUCCCUGGAGACCAUCUGCUUGCUUCUGGCCUACAAGGUCAAAUACCCAGAGAACUUCUUCUUGCUGCGCGGCAACCACGAGUGUGCCUCCAUUAACCGCAUCUACGGCUUUUAUGACGAGUGUAAGAGACGGUAUAACAUCAAGCUGUGGAAGACGUUCACAGACUGCUUCAACUGUUUACCCGUGGCUGCCAUUGUAGAUGAGAAGAUCUUCUGCUGCCAUGGAGGCCUCUCUCCAGACCUCCAGUCCAUGGAGCAGGUGCGCAGAGUGAUGCGACCCACAGAUGUGCCUGACCAGGGCCUGCUGUGUGAUCUGCUGUGGGCCGACCCAGACAAAGAUGUCCUGGGCUGGGGCGAGAACGACCGCGGGGUCUCUUUCACAUUCGGCGCAGACGUGGUGGCCAAAUUUCUGCACAAACACGACAUGGACCUUAUAUGCAGGGCACAUCAGGUGGUAGAAGACGGUUACGAGUUCUUUGCAAAGAGACAGCUUGUUACUCUGUUCUCUGCCCCUAACUACUGUGGAGAGUUUGAUAAUGCCGGUGCCAUGAUGAGUGUGGAUGAGACCCUCAUGUGUUCCUUUCAGAUUCUCAAGCCAGCGGAUAAGAAGCUCUACUCUUAUGGUGGAGGUGGAGGAAUGGGAUCUGGACGCCCCGUCACCCCGCCACGGAAUUCCGCCAAAGGCGGGAAGGCCAAGAAAUAACACCCACUGGACCCCCCCUCCUUGAACCAAGCACCCCCCCACACUCUUUUGCCCUACUUUUCCCCUCAUCACCAAACAGCAACAAAGCAGACAGUACCUAGGGUUCGGUCCUCUUUUUCUCUGAUACUGUUUUUAACUGUUUGAGUGUAUGUAUGUCCGUGCGUGUGUCUGAAAGAGAGGUUUAUUGUAUUCUGUUUGUAUGUCCUUCCUUUCCCCUGCUCUGUUCUCCUGUCACUUUGUAGAUGAAAUUGGUCCUUCCUUUCAGUGAUGUAAAUGCACACCUGGAGGGGAAAGGAGCCUUUACUGUUUGUUAGGGCCCUGCACUGUUUUGAUGCUCAACACAAGCUUUUGUACAUCCUGUUUGAGAGGUGUGUGUGUGUGUGUGUGUGUGUGUGUGUGUGUGUGUGUGUCAAUGGGGUCAAUUUGCAUGGUCAAAUGGUAACAACAGCACACACCACACACUGAGAGCACAGGUGGAUAUGUGCAGAUGGACCCUUUUAGUUUAUGGAUUCACAAAGAUCAAGAAGCGGACACGUUUAUUUUUUUUCUCUCCCAAAAACCAAUGAUUUGAAAACGCAAUCAUGGAUGUGAAAUAGUUUUGCUUUUCUGUUCUUUUUUUUUGUAGAUGCAUAAAAAAAAAGGUUUGAAUCCUUGAGUUUUAGUUUAUUUGGAAGCCGAUGUUUAAUAAAGAACCAUUUAUUUAAAAUA